AUGGGCAACUGCUGCGCGGGAUCCGGGGAUGCGGAGCCCGCCGCCGGCGCCGACCCCUCCACGCGCCGCGCCGGCGCCUCCGUGCAGGCCGGCGGCGCCUCGCCCUCCUCCGCGCCCGGCCAGAACAAGCCGCCGGCCGCCAUCGGCCCCGUGCUCGGCCGCCCCAUGGAGGACGUGCGCAGCAUCUACACCGUCGGCAAGGAGCUCGGCCGCGGCCAGUUCGGGGUCACCAGCCUCUGCACGCACAAGGCCACGGGCCAGAAGUUCGCCUGCAAGACCAUCGCCAAGCGCAAGCUGUCCACCAAGGAGGACGUGGAGGACGUGCGGCGCGAGGUGCAGAUCAUGUACCACCUCGCCGGCCAGCCCAACAUCGUGGAGCUCAAGGGCGCCUACGAGGACAAGCAGUCCGUGCACCUCGUCAUGGAGCUCUGCGCCGGCGGCGAGCUCUUCGACCGGAUCAUCGCCAAGGGCAAGUACACGGAGCGCGCCGCCGCGGCCCUGCUCCGCACCAUCGUCGAGAUCAUCCACACCUGCCACUCCCUCGGCGUCAUCCACCGCGACCUCAAGCCCGAGAACUUCCUCCUGCUCAGCAAGGAGGAGGACGCGCCGCUCAAGGCCACCGACUUCGGGCUAUCCGUCUUCUACAAGCAAGGGGAGGUGUUCAAGGACAUCGUGGGCAGCGCCUACUACAUCGCGCCGGAGGUCCUGAAGCGGAACUACGGGCCGGAGGCGGACAUCUGGAGCGUCGGCGUCAUCCUCUACAUCCUUCUCUGCGGUGUCCCUCCCUUCUGGGCAGAAUCGGAGCACGGCAUCUUCAAUUCCAUCCUGAGGGGGCAGAUCGACUUCAGCAGCGACCCAUGGCCACGCAUUUCGUCCGGCGCCAAGGACCUCGUUAGAAAGAUGCUCAACUCUGACCCCAAGAAGAGGAUAUCUGCCUACGAUGUCCUCAACCAUCCUUGGAUCAAGGAAGACGGAGAGGCGCCUGACACGCCGCUGGACAACGCCGUCAUGAACAGGCUCAAGCAGUUCAAGGCUAUGAACCAGUUCAAGAAAGCUGCGCUAAGGGUCAUCGCCGGAUGCCUGUCGGAGGAAGAGAUCAGGGGGCUCAAGGAGAUGUUCAAGAGCAUGGACUCGGACAACAGCGGCACCAUCACCGUCGACGAGCUCCGGAAGGGCCUGGGGAAACAGGGGACCAAGCUCACGGAGGCCGAAGUGGAGCAGCUUAUGGAAGCCGCCGACGCCGACGGGAGCGGGACGAUCGACUACGAUGAGUUCAUCACGGCGACGAUGCACAUGAACAGGAUGGACCGGGAAGAGCACCUCUACACCGCCUUCCAGUACUUCGACAAGGACAACAGCGGCUACAUUUCCAAGGAGGAGCUCGAGCAGGCCCUUCGGGAGAAGGGGCUUCUGGACGGCAGAGACAUGAGCGAAAUCGUGUCGGAAGUCGACGCCGACAACGACGGGAGGAUCGACUACAGCGAGUUCGUGGCGAUGAUGAGGAAAGGGGCCCCCGAGGGGGCCAACCCCAAGAAGCGGCGCGACGUCGUGCUAUAG